AUGUCAAAUUGUAGCAUUGAACAACUGCAUGCUUUCUAUGUUCAAGAAAGACUGCUUUUCGUUAAAUUGGUACAAAAAUUUUCAAGAUCUCUAGCUGAGUCACUUCUUGUCAUGGCCACAUGGCUUUGGCUUGAAGACUUUGGCUUUGAGCACAUCUUCUCAGUCAUCAUGGCUCUCAACGAUCCACUCAUUGCAGCUCUUGCUAAUGAGGCUGUCUUAUGCUUCCGGUGUCUUGAAUCCGAAGAACCUCCAAAUGGUUUCAGUCAGAUCCCUGUGACUGCAGAAUUUAUGGAUAUAUCUCUUCAAAUAAUCUACCAAAAUCGAUACAGUGCCAUCACAGGAAUCAAAAACUUUUUAACCACUGUUUGCUCAAGAAUUUUCUCUGACAUCGUUCAACAAGUUCUCCCAUCCUCCUACAUCACUAGCCACAACCAGCCUCUCAUCAUCCCCGGGUUCCCGCAUCCAACUUUUGGGAGCAUCAACGUGAUGCCUAGUGUUGCUUCCUUGGAUAAUUUCUCCAGCAGAAAUUUAUUCCAUAUCCCUAGUGGUAUAUGGGGCUGGAAUGCUAGUUGCAUCGCAACUGAAAACGACCGGUCCCUUUUUCUAACGUUUUCUCGUGGAAUCCCAGUAUCCGAAGCGGAAGUGAGGCUGGUAUUCACAGAAAAAUAUGGAGAAAACUGUGUUAAGGGCGUUCACAUACCUAAGUACGGUGGAAACUUACCCAAUGAGAACUUGAAUAGUAAUCAGGAUGUUCAACAACAAUCACUAUAUGCGAGGCUGGUCUUGGAUUCAGUCGUUACUGUAGAUCGUAUACUUAUGGGCGAGAGUAAACAAAAGUUUUACAUCGACGGGAAGCCUAUUUGGGCUCGUAAGUUUAAAAAUAGAUACAGAAAAUAAAAAAAUGCCUAUGUAACUUGUUCAAGUGACAAUAUUAUUAUCUUCUCUUUCUUUUUUUCUGAUGCUAAAUCUCUUAUCUUAUGUCAUAAAUAAUCAUAUUGUUGGAUAUGCUGACAAAAAAAAUAGUUGUCUUGGAUAUCUUUCUUUCCUGUCUAAUCGAAAUAUUUUGAUUGGGAAUAAUGGACUACCCUCUAAAUAAACAUAACUCCAGUCUAAAGGCUAGAUGUUACAACUUACAACCUUCUCUCCAAUAAACCGAUUACCCCGAAGAGAAAAAGUGAUCUAACAAAGGAAUGACACAAAUAAACCAUAAAAUAGAGGUUUUAACCUUCUCUCUAGAUCUAUCCAUUUGUUAUUGACUGUUUGUCGUUCCGGCUGCUUCCAUAGAGCUGUAGUCGCUCUUUGUCUUUUGAUCUAGAUAUUUUGCUUUUGCUCUCGUUUUACUCUACAUGUGGAUUUCCAGACCUUCAAUCUUGCUUUGCCCCUUCCAGAAGGAACAAGAGUUUUAGCUAAUCUUGCUGUGUGUUAAUCGUUCUUCUCCUAUUAAUCUUUCUAGUCAGCGUGGGUUGGGUUUACUACCCUUCAGAUCUAUUUAUUUCCAAGAUACAUAAUGAUGGAUUGAAUGAUUUGCAUGUUGAUAUUAAUCUCUCUUAAUUUGGCUCAUAUUUGGUUUCGAUCUUCAUCCUUGUCAAGUUCUCGAUCAACUUUGAACCUGUUUAUGAGUGGUUUCGGUCCUUGUGGUUUAUCUUAUGAUUUGAUCGAGAUCUACAGUCUGUCAUGCUUCAAUUUUGUGUUUUAAGUCGGUUUUUCUCUGUCUGCGCAUUUCUGGUUGAUGACUUAUGAACUAAAAGUGGUUCUGUCUCCUAGAGUAUGAAGCUUUAGUCUCUUAUUCUCUUGGGAUAUUCACUAUAGGAGGAUUCCCUCAUCUUGUCUCUAUCAAAAAGCUCUAAAGAAAAUCUUCAUGACUUGUUUUAUUUGAAACACUUUUUUUUUUGAAACACAAUCUUCAUGCCUUGUUGUUAUUGAUUUUUGUUGGGUUUUUUUAUCUGUUCCUUGCUUCUGCCAGUUUGGAUCUGUUAGUUUAGAUUAUGUGCUUGUUCUAUGUUUCCAUAUUUUCCCAUUUUUGGACUUUCGUCUCUGAAGACCUUUGUGUUGGUUUGUCGGCUCUUGAUUACCAGAGUUCAUUGAAAUUGUAAGAUUUUGUAACUGUUCUUGUUGAAUAUAAUCCGUCUUUUAUUGUUAAAACAUCCUCAGUAAUGAACACUGGGCCAAAGAGGAUGACACUCAUUGCAGUCUCUCGAAAUACUUUUCAAUGAGUUGGAUACCUCUCUUCUCUGAUUGAAAAUAGUCCACAUCGAAUGUAAAUGUAAAAAAUGAAAUAUAAAGUGUUCAUUUUUUUUUAAUGAUGCCGAGGUUUUGGGUUUGUAAGCUCGUGUACCUUUCUAGACAAAAACUAAACCUAUAUUAAAUUAAUUCUCUUUUGGAGGUAUACCAUUCACGUUAGGAUUUAAUUCAAAUUCUGAUAUCUUUAAUUUUUUAUUUAUAAUUAUUUCUUAAAAAUUAUUAUAAAAUAUCUAGUAUAAUAUGUGGUUUGUCCUUUAUUUUAAAAAUUUGUGACCCUCAUAUCCAUAUAUGUGAAACAAACAUAUUAGAUAGCGAUCACAUUAUUGUGUCCGGAUUUUGCGUGGUAAGUACUAUACACUAAGUUUGCCAUUUCGAGCUAGUGAUAUAGAUACCCCUUCAUAUAUAUGUAUAGACUAGUUUAUCUGCAGUGAGGCCUCUGCUGUUGUUGGAGAUUUGGCAAAAGAUCUAUUUAGGUUAUGAUGUAAGAGCAUGGAAGGAUCCACGGAUUCCAACUUCAACUUCACCUGCAAGGUCGGCUAGGCCAAAUGUCCUAGUAGCACAUCUCAUAAUUAAGUUAGUGAUUUAGUUAAUGAAGAUUCAAUGGAAUGGGACGUUGUGAUUCUUGAUAACUUUGUAGCACAAGAAAUAUACCAUUGGUUAGAAGCUUGGACAUAAUCUGAUCUUUACAUCGUGAUACUUAUUGUUGAAUUUUUACCAAGAGUGGUAUGUAAACUGUUAAGUCAGGAAACUUGAUGGACAUACAUAUACUUAAGGCUGAAUAAUAUGUUGUUUACGUAAAACCAAGCAACGCGAAACUCCAGCAUAGGUGGGGGAGGAUAUCACAGUUCAUUUUGAAGACCCAAAAACGUCCAUGAUGAGGAGCCAUAUAUCAGGCAAAGCGAAAGGAGAUUCAAGCUCAUUUUUACUUAGUUUUCUUAUGUAUGAAGUACUUAUGUAAAAUAUCUAAGUAUUAAAUAUUAUAAAAAGUGUGUGAAAAUAUGUAGAGUACUUAGGAGCGAAAUUGCUUAAGGGAGGCUAUUUCACCACUAAGUAACUUCAUAGAUAGGAAAAGAUCCGAGUUGUUAGAUCGGUUCAUUCUCGACCGUCCAUUAAGAAAGUGGGAUGUGUAUAUAAAGGGCUGAAGCCUCAUUGUAAGGUUCAUUCACCAAGUUAUAAAAUAAAUACUUCCUUAAGCUCUAAUUUCUCUCUAAAUUGUCCCUACUCUCUCUCUAUGUACUGAUCGAGUUAUAGGAGUUAGGCUGACUUAGCAAACACUAGGAUGAAAAGGUGCUAAAACUGCACUUUCUGGCUAAGUAAAGAAUCAGUCCGUGACAACGUGUCCCCUUAGGUCUUCACCUACGUCCGCCCCUGGACUCAAGGUCCCCCUCUCAAAUAACCACUCUUGUUUCCAUCAGUUUUUGAAGCAAUCAUACAUAGUUUUAAUUUUUUCUUCUUAUUCUUUUUGUCGGCUAUUUUUUCUCUUAACAAAAAAAAUCAAGAUUAUACAAAAUGCCAGUGUAAAAAUAUAUUAAAAUAUUGCUUACUCGUUUCUAAUAACUAGGGGUACUCCCGCGCUGCGCACAAGAUUUUAAAAUAUUGCUUACUCGUUUGUUGUAUAGAUGGUGUGGUUCUACUUGGUUACUUGCAUAUGUUAUUGAGUACUUGUUGGUAUGCAUAAAUGGUUUGUGGGAGGAUGGUGUUUUAGAUAUAUUUGGUCGUGUAGUCACAUAUGUUUACCUACACGGAUGUGUGUGAGUGGUGGCUGUAUUAUUUAGUGAGACUUAGAAGGUUUAUAUGGUGUCAUUUUGUACUGGUGGAGUUUUUGCUUUGGCGUCGGUGGGUGUAUGAUGGUGUAGUUGUUGUGUCAUUAAAUUGUUGUUGGCAUUUGAUAUGCAAAUGGGUUAAUUUCAUUAUUUGGGUUUGGGCCUGCUUGUGUUUUGGGAAAUCAAUUGUAAGAGAUACGGGAAAAGCAAGAUUGGAUGUGUAACUACCAUAGCUUCUCUAGAACAAAUCUAAAUGAUAGCAAGGAAUCUUCUCAUCUGUAUGUAAUAAUAACACUUCUAGCAUUGGUCUUUUAUAAAUUUCAUGUAGGAGUUUUUUGGAAUUCUUUGGCUUCUUAAAUUAGCUAUGUAAAGUGGAUUGCUGUGUUUUCUUAUCAUGACGAGUGACAUGUGUACUCCCAGCAAACUAUUGAUUUGUGUUUCUUUCUCUCCUAUCUAAGUUUAUCCGAUAUGUGAUCCCUUCAUUAAUUUUUUUAGUGUAUAGCAUGGGCAGACCGUAGAGAUAUGUUGCAUAGUCGUAUGAAGUUGUGGCUGUGGUCCGUACGUGAUGCAGCCCAAUGUUGAUGUUUUUGUACAUAAGGUACUCUUAUAUGCCUACAAUGUAGUGGCCUCUGGUAGUUGGCCACCUGAUCUGUUAGGUUCAACUUGUUGUAAACAUGUCGGUCUUUUGCAGCUUGUGUCAGAGGUGGUAAAACGAGCAUACUAUGGCUGAGAUGAUAUCUUGAGGAUGCUGCAACGUGUGACAUUAUGUCUCUUUAGAUGGCAUGUGAGAGAGAUUCCAAUGGUAUCAACUGUUUUGUGUGUUGUCAUUACUAUUUUCUGCUUUUCUCGUAGAUGGUUUUUGAAAAUGAUUGUAGUAGAUUAGUAUAUAUACCGAUUUGUUGUGUAUAUGAGCUUCACUAUAUCUAUCUUGUUACAGCAA